UGCUCGGUUUAUCCUUGGCAAACACGCACAUCGCCUACUUGUCCUUCUCGGACAGGAGCUAGGAAGCAGGAAAUGGGCACGAGGAGGAAGUCCUCGUGCUUACGGGCGCUGACCCCGACGGUGCUGGUGCUCGCGCUCCUGUUGGUCAUGGGCUCGUCGUGGUCGCACGUUGCCGGCGGCGUCAGGACGACACCACGUGCGUCAGUUCCCGCUGAAGCCGGCGUACUCGGCGAGGCCGCACCGGCUGCUGCAAGUUCAGGCAGAAGAGCUGACGAACCACGCCGACCAGAGGCGUUGCCGGAGGAGGAGGAAGGCCGCCCGGUGGCGGAGCGCGAGGAGGAGCUGUGGGCGAAGGAGCGCGGCGCGACGGGGUCGCGGCUGCCGGACUGCGCGCACGCGUGCGGGCCGUGCUCCCCGUGCCGGCGCGUCAUGGUGAGCUUCAUGUGCGCGCAGGCCUCCGAGUCGUGCCCCGUCGCCUACCGCUGCAUGUGCCGCGGCAGGUUCUUCCGCGUCCCCUCCAUCUAGCCAUCUGCUCCAGGAUUCCCUUGUCUUUUUGCUCGCCUCUUGUUCGUUACCUAGUAGGCGUUCGGCUCCAACGUUUCUCCGUCGUCAUGUGCAUGCCUUGGUGUGUAAACUGCCAUGUGAUGCCAAAGCACAUAUAUAUCAGUGCCUGUUUAUAUGAACUAGCUGUUGUGUUUCCAUGUGAUGCUAGUGCUAGCCGGCUCUCGUUUGGU